AUGGCCACCGAUACCGGCUCUCGUCCUUGCUGUAGCAGCCACACAAGCGAAGACAAUAAUACCAACGGAGUCACAAUUGCACCAAAUGGCAAUCACGAAGGCUUCACCGCAGUUCAGACCCGCCAGAAUCCUCACCCACACGUCUCAAGAAAUCCGUACGGCCACAACGCCGGUGUGACAGAUUUCCUCAGCAAUGUCUCCAGAUUCAAGAUCAUUGAGAGUACUCUAAGAGAAGGAGAGCAGUUUGCCAAUGCUUUCUUCGAUACGGAGAAGAAAAUUGAAAUUGCAAAGGCUCUGGACGAUUUUGGUGUAGAUUAUAUCGAACUCACCUCGCCAUGCGCCUCUGAGCAGUCGAGAAAGGACUGUGAAGCUAUCUGCAAACUUGGAUUGAAGGCAAAGGUAUUGCCGCUCUCUUUCCUUCGACAAUAUGGUUUCACUUCGGUAGAAACUGGUGUCGAUGGAGUCGACGUUGUUAUCGGUACUUCUUCCUACCUCCGUGAGCACUCUCACGGCAAAGACAUGACCUAUAUCAAGAACACCGCCAUCGAGGUCAUCAACUUCGUCAAAUCCAAGGGCAUUGAAGUCCGCUUCUCCAGUGAAGACUCCUUCAGAUCAGACCUCGUUGAUCUUCUCUCAAUUUACUCUGCCGUCGAUCAGGUAGGUGUCAACCGUGUUGGUAUCGCCGACACAGUUGGCUGUGCCUCCCCACGCCAGGUGUACGAGCUCGUCCGUGUGCUGCGUGGUGUUGUCAAGUGUGACAUUGAGAUCCAUCUGCAUAACGACACAGGAUGUGCGAUUGCCAACGCAUACUGUGCCCUCGAAGGAGGCGCCACGCACAUUGAUACCUCCGUUCUAGGUAUCGGUGAGCGAAAUGGUAUCACCCCGCUCGGCGGUUUGAUGGCCCGUAUGAUCGCCGCGGACCGCGACUAUGUUCUCAGCAAAUACAAGCUUGAAAAGAUCAAGGAUAUCGAAGACCUUGUCGCUGAAGCCGUCCAGGUCAACAUUCCUUUCAAUAACCCCAUCACCGGUUUCUGCGCCUUCACCCACAAGGCUGGCAUCCACGCCAAGGCCAUUCUUAACAACCCCAGCACCUAUGAGAUUAUCAACCCAGCCGACUUUGGCAUGACACGUUAUGUGCACUUUGCCUCUCGCCUCACAGGCUGGAACGCCAUCAAAUCUCGAGCUCAGCAGCUCAACCUUGACAUGACUGAUGCACAGUACAAGGAGUGUACAGCCAAGAUCAAGGCUCUUGCCGACAUCCGGCCCAUUGCCGUCGACGAUGCAGACAGCAUCAUCCGUGCAUACCACAGAAACAUCAAACUUGGUGAGAACAAGCCACUUCUAGAGUUGACCGAAGAACAGACGGCAGAGUUUGCUGCGAAGGAAAAGGAGCUUGCAGAAAACGGCGUUGAAGUUUCGGCAUGA